UACUACAAUUGAGCGCGUGGUCAGCAACAAGAAGACGGGGACAUCUGCUGCUAACAGGUCCCCUCGUGGCCAGUUUCUCUCCACACACACUCUUACCUCACCUCAGGGCCGGCUCAGCAUCAUGCUGAGCCAGGAGAUCUUGAAGAAGCUGAAGUUGCCAGAUCUGAAUGAUGUCAGCCAGUACAUCAGGAGUGUCUCCACCCCGGUGUUGGUCAGCGCGGGGGCCGUGGCUUUUGCGACAACCUACUACCUGGCGACACGACCCAAGGCCAUCCCACCGGUCUGCGACCUCCGAAUGCAGUCAGUGGAGGUUCCGGGUGGAGACUUUGCACGCCAGUCAGUUUUGCUGAACGGAAAUGGUCACAUAACACAUUUCUACGAUGAUGCCAGAACAUUGUAUGAGUUCUUCCUCAGAGGGGUCCGGGUUUCCAAUAAUGGUCCCUGUCUGGGCUCCAGGAAACCAAAACAGCCGUAUGAAUGGAUGUCCUAUAGAGAGGUAUUGGAGCGAACAGAGAAUCUGGGCUCAGCAUUUCUCCACAAAGGACACUCUAAGACCACAGACCCCCACAUUGGCAUCUUCUCUCAGAACAGACCUGAGUGGACCAUCUGUGAGCUGGCAUGUUACACCUAUUCUCUGGUGUCAGUCCCUCUGUACGACACACUGGGAACAGAAGCCAUUGGCUACAUUAUAGACCUAGCUUCCAUCUCGACUUUGGUGUGUGACGUGGUAGAUAAAGUCAGCCUGGUGCUGGACUGUGUCAAGGACAGGAAACACACUGUGAAGACCAUCGUUCUAAUGGAGACCCCCAGUGCCGAGCUGGUCGACAGGUGUCAACAGGCUGGAAUCCACAUUCUCAGCCUGCAGGAGAUGGAGUCCAUCGGGAAGGCCAACCAUCGCCAACCCAUGCCUCCGCGACCUAAGGACAUGGCUCUCAUCUGCUUUACCAGUGGAACAACAGGGAACCCAAAGGGAGCUAUGCUGACACAUGAGAAUGUUGUGUCCAACUGCUCAGCCUUCAUCAAAUUGACAGAGGUUUGCUGUCCGCUGUUUUGCAGUGAUGUCCAUAUGUCCUUCCUGCCCUUGGCUCAUAUGUUUGAAAGAGUAGUACAGGGACUGAUGAUAGUCAAUGGAGCCCGGAUUGGCUUUUUCCAGGGAGAUAUUCGUCUGCUGUCAGAUGACCUGAACACGCUGAAACCUACUGUGUUUCCUGUGGUACCCCGACUCCUUAACAGAAUGUACGAUAAGAUCUUUGGGCAGGCCAACACCUCUCUGAAGCGCUGGCUGCUGGGAUUCGCCUACAGAAGGAAGGAGGCCGAGAUAAGGAAAGGCAUCGUGAGGAGAGACAGUAUCUGGGAUCGACUCAUCUUCCGGAAGGUUCAGGCCAGCCUCGGCGGCUGCGUGCGUCUCAUGCUGACUGGAGCUGCUCCCAUCUCUCCUGCUGUCCUCAACUUCCUCAGAGCCGCAGUAGGCUGUCAGUUCUAUGAAGGUUAUGGACAGACAGAGUGCACUGCUGGAUGCACCAUGACCAUGCCGGGUGAAUGGAAUGCAGGACACGUCGGAGCUCCUCUGCCCUGCAACUCCCUUAAACUGGUGGAUGUGCCUGAGAUGAACUACCUGGCUGCAAACGGCGAGGGAGAGGUGUGUGUGAAGGGUCCUAACGUGUUCCAGGGCUAUCUGAAGGACCCCGAGAAGACCGCCGAGACUAUUGAUGCAGAUGGUUGGCUUCACACUGGAGACAUAGGAAAAUGGCUUCCUAAUGGCACGCUGAAGAUCGUGGACAGGAAGAAGCACAUCUUUAAGCUGGCACAGGGGGAGUACAUUGCUCCGGAGAAGAUAGAGAACAUCUACAUGAGGAGUGAUGCAGUGGCACAGGUCUUUGUGCAUGGAGACAGUCUGCAGGCAUGUCUGGUAGCAGUGGUGGUUCCUGACCCUGACUUCCUGUGUGGCUGGAUCAAGAGGACCCUGGGACUGGAGGCCAGCUACCAGGAACUGUGUGGCAGAGCGGAAGUCAAGGGAGCCAUCUUGAAGGACAUGGUGCAACUGGGCAAGGAUGGAGGCCUCAAGUCCUUUGAGCAGGUGAGGACCAUCUGCAUCCACACCGAGCUGUUCUCAAUCGAGAACGGCCUGCUCACUCCAACAAUGAAGGCCAAGAGGAACGAAAUGCGACAGUACUUCAGAUCCCAGAUAGACGAACUGUACGCCGGGAUCAAAAUGUAGAAGGAGAGCAACAUGGAAGACCAGACCCACAAGCUACCAAAGGCAUAAAAAGGAAGAGGACAGCACAAGCUAAAGCACACACAGGGAAGCAAGUGAAGAGAUCCCGUCUUACCAAAAGGACCAUCAACAUGUCUAGUCUUCAUGAUUCAGAGCAUUUAGAACAAAAAAAUGACCUUUAGGAUCUAUGACGCGCCACAAGACCUCCGGAGGUCCAGAGUAGACUUUAUGCUUAAAAUAAAUUCUAUUCUAUCUAGUUUUUGAUGAAAUAGUUUUGCCUAUGUUAUGUACAGUACAAAUAAUAUGUAACAAUGUGUUGAUUCUAAUCAGCUAUUUUGUUAUAACAUCUCCAUUAAGGAUGCUUUUUAAAGGGAAAUCUAAAAAUGCAGCUCUGUAGCAUCGGACAUCUCAGGACUUCACUGGCAAGAACCACACACACACACACACACACACACACACACACACACACACACACACACACCUUUUAACUUCAACGAUAGAGGAAGAUACCAUUGAGGGUUAAGUUUGGAUUAAAAGCCAUAUUGAUCACUUUGUAAGCUGCACACUACAACUUAAACAUUUCAGGUCUUUGAUGAGAUUUUUUCUGUCUUUGUGACGUGAUUUUAUAUGACUUGUUUCCUGAGUUUUUUUUUUUUUUUUUUUUGGUAGAAAGUUGAAAUCCACAAUGGAUAAUGGGAUUGUUUCAGAUGGGUCCUUAAAUAUUUUCAAUAAUAAGCUUGGGUCCUAUUAGGACCCUGAGAAACCAGCACAGUGAGCCAUAUUAAAGAUAAUCCAAACAAAGCUAGCUGGGAACGGGGCAUUCAGGUACUAAUGAACAGUCAGGACAUAGGGAAACUGUGUCACUGUUUUAAUUUAUUUAUGAUGGGAACAUGAAGGGAAGAGAAUAGUUGAAGAAAUCGUUCUUAAAUUAUUAUAAUAAUACUAAAGUAGGGUUCAAUUAUCCAUUUCUAAGUAACAUCGUUUACAACCUGAAUGAAAUCCUUUUGAAUGUUUUAUAGUUAAAAUUUUAUGGAAGUACUUUUGACUACGGUCUUGCUCUGACUGUUUUUCACUG